GUCAAACAGUUGGAAAAAAUAACAGAAAGAAUUUUAAGUGAAAAUCUUCAUAAUACGGACUAUAAUGCCAUUCACUGCAAAGAAAAAAGUCAACUGUUGGCUUCUUUAAUUAUGGACCGUAUUAAAAAUGUAGUGGAAAGCAGUUUUAAAAUUGUUGCUGCUGUGAGUAUAGGUAGUUUAACAGAACAACCAGGCAUGCAAUUUGGUAGUCGUUGUCUGUGGAACAAAGAAACGGACCAUUUUAUUAGUGUUAAAUACUCGAAUAAUCAUAUAUUUGCGGUGGCUAUGGUAUAUUGUUUGUAUUUUGAA